UGAAGCAUCUCAUUCACAGAACAGACGAUUUAGAAAAUUGUUCGAGAAGAGACAAUUUAAGAAUCAUUGUUCUACCAGAAGACCAUGACAAAAGAAAAAGUCUGGACAUAAUACUAUAGGAAAUUAUUCAGGAAAACUGCUCCAAUAUCCUAGAACAAGAGGGGAAAGUGGAGAUUGAAAGAAUCCACAGAUCACCUCCUGUAUUUAAUCCCCAACUGACAACACCCAGGAAUGUUAUAGCCAAAUUCAAAAACUAUCAGACCAAAGAAAAGAUGUUAUAAGCUGCCAAGAAGAUGCCAUUCAGAUACCAUGGAAACACAGUGAGGAUAAUGCAGGAUCUGGCUGCAUCCACACUGAAGGACCAAAAGGGGAAAGUAUGGUCAUUCAACACAAUAGAAGAAUUCUAAGCAUUCGUAAAGAAAAGACCAGCCCUGAACAGAAAAUUUGAUGUCCAAGCACAAAACUCAAGAGAAUCAUCAAAAGGUGGUAUACUCUGAAAUCAAAACCAGGGAAGAAGGAGAAAGACCGAGGAGAAAUUGAGGUGGACAUCCAGUUUAUGAGAAACAACAUAACUGCCAGCAUGUUUGAUCUGUCCAUGAAAGAUAAGUCUCGUAAUCCAUUUGGGAAACUGAAAGACAAAAUUAAAGGGAAGCGGCAUGAGGAACCUUCUGACAGUGCCUCAGCCAUCAUCCCAAGCACCAUGAACACAGUAGACAGUGAUGAUGACUCUCCUACAAAAGACAAGAAGAAGAAAUCAAAGAUCAAAACCUUGUUUUCUAGGUCUGGUUUACAGAAAACACCCCUUUCCCAGUCCAUGUCUGUACUUCCUACAGCUAAGCCAGAAAAAUUGACCCUCCGCCCAGGAGACUUCCAGUCCCAAUGGGAAGAUGAUAUGGAGGAUGAGUCCUCUUCACCCUCCAACAGCAUGUCUCAUAGGAGAACAGCAAGUGCAGAUGUCAAGCAGAUGAACUUUACCCUUCCCAAGAAAGAAGGAUUAUCUUUUUUUGGUGGUCUUCGGUCUAAGAAUGACCAACUUUCUCGAUCUAAUGUGUGCAUCAAUGGAAAUCACAUUUAUCUGGAGCAACCAGAGCCCAAAAAUGAGACUGUGCCAAAAGACAGCACCCCAUCUUCUUCCCCAUCCCCUCAAGCCUUUAGGAAGAAGCAUUUGUUUUCUUCUACAGAAAAUCUGUCAUCCAGAUCUUCUAAGGAAUCAGGGGAGGCAGGGAAGAUGUCGCUGGACUGGCAACUGUCUGGGUCUCUCCCAAAAGAUUCUUUGAAAUCUCUGACUCUACCAUCCUACAAACCACUAGUUAGUGGAGAUGUGAAUGUGACCCCUGUGAACAUGGAAAUUGAAAAGGAGACUAAGGAGAACAAGAAGCAAGAGAACAAGAAGUCCUCUUUGCUCUCUUUGGUCACAGGGAAAAAGGAUGCUCUGAAGAACAGUGAAGCUGAAAGCAACACUCCUAGUAUUUUGGUGAAGGAAAAGGAAAUCACACCUAUGGAAGCCACAGCAAAGGAAAAAGAGGCAGGGCUUGUUGAAAUUCCAGUGGAAGACCUUGAUGACAAGCCUGAGGAAGACUUGUCAGUCUCUGCCUCCAGACAGAGCAAAUCACUGAGCCCUACUGAGGAAGUACCCAGGAUGCAAUCUGGAGCAGAGCCCGAGCCUAGUCAUAAACCUAGGCCACCUGCCCUUUCUGCAAGAGGACCCCAGACCAAAGCUGUCAAACCCAGACUGGGAGUUUCUCCAGAGGCUCAAGCCAAAACCAAGUUUCCUCCUCUUUCUGAUCCUUCUCUUUUCUUUUCUACUACCUCUUCUGGUUCUAGCCUUGAUUCCCUGCUUUCUAAACUGGGGCAAGAACCAGAGACAGAAUCUUCAAAAAACCUUUCUGUCCUUUCUUCUUUCUCACCUCCUACCAUAGGUCCUGUUUCUACAUCUACUCCAAUUGAAAACUGGCCUUUUUCUCCUGAGAGCCAGGCUAGUUCUGAAGGACCUUCUUUCCUUCUUGCAAUGGAAUCUCAAAAAGAGGGCUUAAUUCAAGUUUCAAAUACUUUCUCUGGUUCCCCAGAAUUACUCAAUAAACACUCUGCAUUGCAUGAAGGGGAUGGCAUCUCUGUAGAAGAUACUGGGGAUGUAGAUGUAGAUAAGAGUAAAGGGAACAGGGAAUCCUUAAAAUCCUCUCUGGAGAUAUUGGAAAAUGCAAAUAAGCACCUCACAAAAGAACAAAAAGAAGGAAAGGUCCCAGUGUUUCCCCAAGACAACAGACCAGAAUAUCUCCCUCCAUCUAAUGACUCUCAACUAAAUAGAAUUCUCAUUCAAGAUAGAAAUGAGGCAAUCAGGCAUCCCAGUGGAAAGCCUUGGGAAAAAGAAAAUAAAGAACUUAUAUCUUCCUAUGGAGCAUCUUUGGAAGACAAAGUCAGUGAUAAUGGAGUACUCUCUGCUAACAAAGGAGCUGAGGUGCUUCAUAAAAUGGAAAACUUGGCCACCCCAUCUGACUCUGUAGUUGGAAAAAGCAGUUUGACUGGCCUGCAUGAUAGGGAGGGACACAAGAAGAUCAAGAAGCGUGUUUCCUUUUCUGAGGAGCUUUUUCCAGAAGAAGAGGUAGAAAAGCCUAUUCAUUUUAUAGAAAAGGAGAAAAAUGAGGCUCUAGAGCUGAAGUCGAAAGCUCCAGUGAGUGAGAAGGAAAUGAUGGCAACUGAAGCAAGCAGUCCUGCUUUACCACUAAAAUCAGGAGCAAGGGUUUUUCUUGGACUCAGUCAUGAUGAACCAGCUUCCCAGACUGACACCUUUCUUUCCUCUGCUCCACUUCUGAGUACUGUAUUGAUGUCUGGGUCUCAUGGGAAGCAUUCUUCAGAAGAUAGGGCAAUGGAAGAUAGGGCCAGCUCAGAAAAGGUCAUACCAUUAUUCAAGAUUGAGCGAUAUGAAAAUUAUAGUGAGAAUUAUCAAAGCAAAGCCAGUGAUCAUGAAGGUCUACUGUCUGACCCCUUGAAAAGCCUUGACUCAGUUUCAGAUCUCAGAUCUCCAAUUAUGGGGGAUCUGAACCUGACACUUCCCUCUAUUCCAGAAGUAACAUCAGAUGAUGAGAGAAUAGACCAAUUGGAAGAUAUCAGAACAACUACAACCACAAAGAAUCAUCUGGAAACAGGAACACCAUCUUCCUACUCAUCAGCCACCUCUUUUGAGGAGGAAAACCAGAACCCUGAUGAAAAUGCCCUCCAAGUAGAGAAAACAGAAACUUUUGUUAACUCCUCCCUGUUGUCUUUAAAGCAGACCACAAUAUUACAUGAUGAGGAAGGCUUAGGUUUAGAUGAAAAGACCCCAGUCCCUGAGAGUUUGGAGAGGCAGGAACAGAGGGAGGAGAAUAGCCAUACUGAGGAAAGUAGGAGUCAAAGGUCACCUUCUCAGGACUCUUCUGUUUCGGGUCACUCCCUUUCUGAGACUCUUAAUGCAACACACUCUUUCCCUGGCUCUCUACACUCUGACACUUAUCAUACAAAUAGAGCAGAAUCUCCCCAAAAAACAUCAGCAGAGAGCCCGACUGCUAAAGUUGAAAAUUCUGGCAAGAGGAAGCAGCUCCGGGCAUGGGUUUCGCCCUCAGAGACGCAUCCAUUCCCAGCUCAGCCAAGUGGUGGAACCACUGUAUCUUCCAAGCACAGAACUCAUCCUGUGAAACCAAUGAAUUCAACAGUGACAAAAACCCUUCCCACCAGUUUAGGUACUGCUACCAUCAUUAGUGAGAACUUGCUCAAUGAGGCCAUUAUAAAGAAAUACAAGCCAUCUGAUCCUGAAUUCGCUUAUACUCAGUUAACCCAUGAUGAGCUGAUCCAGUUGGUCCUGAAACAAAAGGAAACAAUAAACAAGAAGGAGUUUCAGGUUCGGGAGUUGGAAGACUACAUAGACAACUUGCUCGUCAGAGUCAUGGAAGAAACUCCCAAUAUACUCCGUACUCCAGCACAGCUAGGGAAUAAAGCAGGAAAGAUGUGAGUCAUGGUAAUAAAGGAAUGAAACUUUUUUUGUGAGUUUGUUUACAUCUCCCUUUGAGGUCAUGGACUUCUAUAUGUUAGCCAGCAAAUAGGAUCUGAAUCAACUCCCUUUCCUAGUAAUCUGGCAAGAGAGUCCAUUCCACUGACUGAAGGCAAGUUAAUUAUUACAGUGAAUCCCUUAAUGUACUUUCCCAGAAUUUUAUUGAAAGACACUCUUCCUUUAAGUGCAUCAUAAAUAUUUUAAUCAUAGUAGGGGCAUAGUUACAAGAUCUAAUCUAGAGACCAUAGAUUCAGAUGGCACAGAAACUAUUAAUGCAUUUUUAACUCUAGGGUUUUCUAACUUUGAUGUUUGGAUAUCUCUCUUCCCUUUCAUCCCAGGUCGAUCGGUGAGCCUUUAUGCCACAGAGUGGCACUCUCAUUUUUUUGACUGAGUAGUGUAGGUGGAGCUUUCCUGGUCAUAGAUACUAAAUUUUGAUUCUUUGAAAUUUUUGAUACUGCUUCUUGGAUUUGACUCUGGUUGUUCCUUUAAUCCUUUUCUGAACUUACAUACUGGUCUUACAUACUGUGAUCUGACUGGGCUCAUCUGGUCUUUUCACUACAGGCUAUGCAAUUAGGAGUUAAAAUGGGAGAAAUUGGUAAUGCUUUACCCUUUUGCAUAUAGUCAGGGAGAUUCAAUAAAAAUCAAUGAUAUUUUGAUACCAGAUUCCUUCUGGGCAAGAAGAUGAUAGAAUUAUUGAAGGGAAAUUGAGACAGGUUAAAUCCUGAGGAGAUCCUAACCCUAAUGUCACAUAACUAUUAAGAGCCAGAUUAAAGCCUAAGUCUUAACUCACAAUCCAUCAUUCUUUCCAUAACACCAUGUCACAUCCUCAAAGUAUAUUGAGGGGCUGGGUGGCCUACACAUCAUCUGUAAGAAUAUUUUCCAAGUGCUUCUUCCUUCAGCUAAUUCCCAAAGUGGCUGCACUUAGUUCUCCAGUUUCCUCAAUAGUCUUAUCUUGAGAGAACAGGAUUUAUGGUGUUGGAGCAUGCCAUACAGAUCCUAGGGGAUGGGAAAUAGGCACCAAUCUGAGAGGCUCCAGAGUAAGAGUGCUUCUUGGCCCCAAUUGUAGUGAAAACUGACUCAUACUAGGUGAUUGAGGAAGUUACAGCCUUAACGUAUUUAGUAAUAAUUUUACAAAGCCUGGAGAAAUCAGAAAUUACUCAGAUGUUUGAUGCAAGAUCGUCUGCCUGUUUGCUUCAGUUUUCUACUGUUCCUUUUUUGUGGUUCCAUACCCAGGGGAUAAAGGAGGGAAGAGAAUAAUGUGAAUUCUUGGUGGGAAUUGGGAAAAGCAAAAAGACUCCUCAUUUCUAUAGGAGUUCUGUUUUUUUUUUUUUAAUUUUAAAAAUGAUAUAUUUUGUAUGACCCAAACACAAAACUAAGUCAUUUGUGCUCUUGUAUUUAUUGAUGCAAUUGGGAUAUUUCUGUAUUGUACAUAUUACCUAUAAUGUCUUCCUAUGGCAAGUUGUUUGUGGACCUAUACUGUGUCCAGGUACAGACUGAGAUUAUUGCUGACUAGUAAAGGUUGUUCAGUUGGGAAUAGAUUUGAGUAUAAAGUUAUUCCUGUUUUAAAGUUCCAGGAGUCCAUAGUGCUUGGAUUGGUGAAUGAGAAGGAAAUCUCUCCUUUUUUUAGGAUUGCUUUUGCUGCAGUAUUUGUUAUGUCAGAGCACUUUAAUCUGAAGGAUGGUACUGUAAUUUGAUUUAUUGAAAUAGUUUUUUCUUUAAAGUAUGAGUGGGUUCGCUUAAACUGUUAAAUUUAAUGUUCUACAACACCAGAGACCACUGUUGGCUUCUUUGCAGAUAAAUUGUAUUUUGUAGUGAUGCAAAAUAUAUUUAUAUAAACAUAUAUGAAUCUGUAUGUUCUCUUGAAUUCUGAAAAUGUACAUGUAUAUAUUUGUUCUUUUGUUUCUUUAUAUAAAACUUAUUUUUUACUGUGAUUACCCAGGUGUGCUGGAAAACUUGGGAGACAAAUUUGUUUUGCAGGGUUUCUUUUUUUAUAAGAGGCUGGAAUGUAGACAUUGGUUUGAUAAUCUUUCUAGGAUCUCAGGUAUGUAACAACAGUUAGUAUUGAGUGGGACAAUUUCAGAUGAGGAAAAUGGGCCCAAAAGCUACUUGAGGAUUGAAAAAAGGAGAGUGAAGGCAUGUUUGGUUCAAGUGCCUCUACUUCUUGACACUGCUGGGAAAAAACUCAGUCUUUAGCAAUACCUCACUAAGCAGUGGUAUGGAGGUCAUUCUAGUGGAAUUCCUGAAAAUCUCCUCUAAUUUAACUUACUUGCUGGAAAAACCUUAACCUUUUUUGAGCCAUUGGCAGAGUUUGGCAAGUUCUGGGCAGGUCUCAGGGGCUUUUAAAUAAACCAUUAGAAGAAUGAGGACUUACCUCCAAUGGCAGCCAAAUUGGUAUCUAGACUGAAAAAUGUUCUACACAUCUCAGAGGCAGGAGCUACUAUGUUUGCCAGUGCCCUGACUACCUUCUGAAAGGAAUCAGUGUCUUCAUAAGCACCAAAUUCAUUUAGAGAGUUGGACUCCUAGAAUAUCAAGCCUCUACCUAUAGACUAUUUUACACUGUGAGGUACUUAGAUUUGUUUAAACUGAGCUUUCUUUUCUCUUUACUGUUUUAUUUGUUACUCUUUCAGGACAGGGGAAAAAAAUAAUCUUCCCCUACCCAGGCUGAUGGUGAGAGAGAAAGAUUGAUUGAAUAUGAGAGAGAGAGAGAGAGAGAGAGAGAGAGAGAGAGAGAGAGAGAGAGAGAGAGAGAGAGAGAGAGAGAGAAUGUCCCAAUAAUAGGGACUAUCAAAAAAAUUCCGGAAUUGUGAAGGAGGAUCCUUGAUGCUUCUUAGCCAGUAGGAAGAUACAUAUUAAAGUUAUGAAGGAUCUAACUCAUUUUUUCAGUCACUGACUAAGUCGAUGCUGCCUCAAGAGCUGAAGGCUUCCUUGCCCUAAGCUGAGAAGCUAACCUAGUUCAUGGGGGACUUAUUACCAAACCUCAGUUUGAAUAUGGAUUAUCAUAGUCUGAUGCAGAAGUCAUUUGUGAAAUGAAAAUAUGUUGAAGGAUCACCUGGUGUCCUUGGAUUCUAUAAUAUAUGUGUUUGAUGUUUCCUGUAUUGUUUCUUUGGGACCUUUGUAUUUCUUUAACUGUUUUAAAGAACUGAACCUAAAAUCUUGGAGAACACUAAAUAAAUUGAUCCUGUUCUAA